UCGACUAUUCCGCGGUGACUCUGCUUACCAUUGUCUGCAAAAAGAAAAAUCGAAUAAAUUUGUAUUUGGGCGUGUUAAAUAAAGUAAACAAGCAUCAUGCUCUACCUGGAGGACUACCUGGAGAUGAUAGAGCAUCUGCCACAGGAGCUGCGGGACCGUUUCACCGAAAUGCGAGAGCUUGAUCUGGCCGUGCAGAACAACAUGGACUCGCUGGACAAGAAGUCGCAUUUGUUCUUCAAGCAGUGCAAGCGCGACGAGCUGCAGCACGAGUCCAUGGACACGGAGUUCCACAGCCUGCGGGCCGAGUACUUCAAAGUGAUGGAAGAUGCGGACGAGAAGGUGGCCAUUGCCACACAGAUACACGAGCUGGUGGAGCGCUACCUGCGCCGCCUGGACAGCGAACUCUUCAAGUUCAAGUGCGAACUGGAGGCGGACAACAACGGCAUCACCGAGAUCCUGGAGCGACGCUCCCUCGAGCUCGACGGCAACUCCACGGCCGCCACUGCCCUGCUGUUGAGCAUGAACCAGAAGGAGAAUCGCUACUACGGCGCCAGUUCCAUCAACAGCGCCGCCGGCAUCAUCACCAGCACAGGCAGCAUUGGCACGGGCCCCACAAAUCUCGGCCUGCCGAGCACUCCCGGCGGCGGUGGCGUCACAGGCGGCGCUCUCACCACCAGCCUGGCCGGAUCCCAUCUGAGCAGCAGUCAGCGGCAUCGCAAGCUGGAGAAGCGGCGCGAGACCAUUUGCACUGUGCCCGUGCAGGAGAAGCGGGCAAAUCUGAAUCAUUCGCUGCCCACCGUGAACGCAGGCGCCGCUGCCUCAGCCUCAUCCUCAUCCUCCGCAGUCUCUGCGGCAGCAGCAGCAGCGGCAGCAGCAGCCGCCGCUGGUUUGGCCGUACAUCCCGCACAUGCAGCGGCCGCGAGCAAUCACGUGACCAACAGCAUCGCCGCCACCCAUCUCACGCUGCCAGUGGCCGUGGGGGGCGUGACCGGUGGCGUCGGAGGCGUGGGUGUGGUUGGUCCCGCCAGCAGUGGGUUGGGCAACAGCUCGCUGGUAGGCAACGCCUCCGUGGUACGUCAGCUGCCAACGAACCUCAGCCAGCACGCGGGACACGCAGGACACUCGGGUCACAGCGUGCUCAACAGCUCGGCGGUGGCCGUGGCAGCUGCGCUAUCAUCCACAGGCGUGGCAGCAGCACCCAGCCAUGGCCACAGCCACGGACACAGCCACAGCCAUGGGCACGGGCAUGGACACGGCCAGACGCACAGCCACAGCCAUGGCCAUGGCCAUGGGCACGGGCACGGCUCGCACGCGUCGAACAACACCACUGUGACGUACAAUCUGCAGCAAUUGGGCGGCGGAACGGCGGCAUCCAGUGCCAUUGCUGCGGCCGCCAGCCAGGCCAUUGUCGCCACACAGCAGAUGCAGCAGGGGCGACGCACGGCGAGCUUGAAGGCCAGCUACGAGGCCAUCCAUGGAGCUGGCACCACCACCGACUUCUGGUCGAAUGCCGGGCAGAGUUCGCUGCAAACUGGAGGCGCAACAGUGGGCACAGCAUCGACACUGGUCACGGCAGGCGGUGGAGGAGGAGCAGCAGGAGCAGGAAGCGCCGCCGCAACGCAUCACCACCAUCAGCAGCAGCAGCAGCAACAGCAGCAGCAGCAUCACGGCAGCAGCAGCCACCACAGUCACCACAGCAGCCAUGGGAGCGGCAGCAGCAGCCACCACCAUCAUCACCAUCAUCAUCAGGACAAGAAGCAGAGCAAGAAGAAGCUAAGCGCCAGCAUUGCGACAAUGCCCGCGGCGAUUGCUGUACAAUCGGCACUGGCGGGCUCCUCCUCGGGCAACUCCAUUGCCUCGUCGUCCUCCUCCCUGAGCGUGGACUCUGUAGACAUGCUGUCGAGUGGUGCGGCAGCUGCUGCCGCCGCCGCCGCCGCUGCCGGCGCCAAUAUGAGCGGCAUGGGCAUGUCGCAUGGCACACAGGCUUUGAGCACGGCCGCUGGCGGCAUGAGCGGCGCCAAUCAUGUGGUGACCACCACCACAAUGGCCGGCAAUGUGGGCACUGUGGGAGCGACCAUUGGCCUGACGCCCACAGCGCUGGUGCCGGGCUCAAAUCUGAACAUUGGCGAGAUGGGCAUCGUGCUGGAGCAGCCGAACGAGGGCGAAUGGUCGUACGAUCCGAAUGAGCCGCGCUACUGCACCUGCAAUCAGGUGUCCUAUGGCGAUAUGGUGGCCUGCGACAAUGAUGCCUGUCCGUUCGAGUGGUUCCACUAUCCGUGCGUGGGCAUUACGCAGCCGCCGAAGGGCAAGUGGUUCUGCCCCAAGUGCACCGCCACCAUGCGGCGGAGGGGCAAUCGCAAGAACUGAGGCUGACUCCGGUUGCUGGCGCCCUUCCGUGGUAGAGGGUGGCUGCGACGCUAGCGAGUAUCCAAUUAACAAUGUCUACCCAGAGAAUAAUAACUUACAAAAUACAUACAAAUAGAAUACAACAAACCUCAAA